CAGUAACAGCACAUUCUUUAACCACAACCAAAAACCAGAGAAGAAAAAGCUGCCAUUUGAGACAGUUUUUAUCUUCACACAGUUGUGGAAAAUGGCGGUAGCUUCAACUUCUUCUUUAGCUUCCCAACUCUCUGGCCCCAAAUCCUCCUAUUCAUGUCCUCACUUCUCUGGCCUCCGACCUUCUUCUUUAAACUCUGUUUCCUUUUCCACUACUCAAUCCUUUUUCCAAAAUGUGGACUCUCAACUUCGCCUUUCUUCUUCUCAGAAAGGUUGUAGAGCCGUCGUCACUAUGGCCGGCUCCGGCAAGUUCUUUGUUGGUGGCAACUGGAAAUGUAAUGGAACAAAGGACUCCAUAAGCAAGCUUAUCUCUGAUCUGAACAGUGCAAAGCUCGAGUCUGAUGUUGGUGAGUUUUUCCAUGUUGUUCGCAUCCCAUACCAUCUAUGUAUAUGUUUAUAUCAACAUUUCUGUGAAGCUGUCCUGAUGGCUUUCUACCCUAUUAAGAUUUUGAUUACGGAGUAACAUUUGUAAGCUUGU